UCUUAAUUCUCAGUAGUUAGAGUCUCGAGUGUCUUCCCUUCCCUUUGUGACGUAAAAGAAAGAAAAUCUCCCGUCUCCUGCCGCCAAGACGAGUCGCGGCUGAACAGGGGAGGGGCGGCGAUCUCCAUCUGGCGAGCAGAGCAGGGGAGAGGAUUAUGGAUAGAGAAGCCAAGAAAGAGGCGUUCAGAAAGUACCUCGAGUCCAGUGGUGUGCUUGAUACUCUCACGAAAGUUCUUGUUGCAUUAUAUGAGGAGAAUGACAAGCCUUCAUCUGCGGUCGAGUUUGUUCAGCAGAAGCUGGGUGGUCCAUCAAUAUCCGACUAUGAAAAGCUCAAAGCUGAGAAGUUGGAUUUGCAAUUGAAGUAUAAUGAGCUUUUAGAGACACACAAGGAAACAUGCAGACAGCUGGAUGAGCUUAAGAAUUCGAAGAACGGGAGCGGAAAUAACACGUGUUGAUAUUGUGAAUGUGUUGUCAAGCAUACUUAUGCAUCUGCAUCCAUCAUCAAGUCGUAUGAAAUCGAAACAAUUGCUGGUUUGAACCUUGCCAUUUGCCAGGUUCACAUCCACCCUCCAAUGUAUCAUAUUUUUGCUCGUCGCCCUUGGCAUACCAGAGCACCCAUGAGUCUUUCCCAUAUUCGUCCAGAAGAUCAAACUCCACACUACCUUUCAUGAGCAAAAGAUGAUCCCACGCAACACGAUUUGAAGAGUUGAUCGACUUGUGGAAAACCUGUUGUGUGGUAAAUCAAUAGUAUCAUGUAAAAUUUGUCUUAUCUCUUCUUUUCUUGUAACAACGAGGUUGUAAUUUCUUCUCUUAUUUAAUAUAGUAUAAUCUACCCUGUCUCAGAGAAAAAAAAUAUCAUGCCAAUUUUGUGGCCUAAUAAAACAAUUGGUUUACUGUGGAAGCAUUUUCAUGCA